CACAGUAACGUGCCCGAGAAUAAAAACCCAUAUUUAAUCAAAAACAAAGACUAUCAAACUGGCGAGCUAGCUAAAUGAAUCAUUAUAGCUUGCGCUGAAUUUUUCUGAGAUUUGGAUAAAAUUCUCUACUGUACAAUCGGAUCCCUAGCUUAAGUACUUCUUCCAUCUCCGUUUAUAAAUUCUGAGUACUACCUACCGAUGCUUUAGACCCUUAGUCUCUGUCCGAUCGAAUAGCAAUCCAGUAAGUACGUACUCGAUCAAUAAUGGCAGAGAUGGAUCUAACACCAAAGUCAGCGGUAGCGGCGUUCGAGGGAGAUGGUGGAGGAUAUUACAUAUGGUCAUUUCCGGCGCUUGGGGAGGCCAACGUUGGCGCCGGCAAGCUUGUAUUGAAGCCUAGUGGUUUUGCUCUUCCUCACUAUGCAGAUUCUGCCAAACUGGGAUAUGUUCUUCAAGGUGAGGAUGGACUAGUUGGAAUGGUAUUCCCCAACACAUCAGAGGAGGUAGUAUUGAAGCUCAAGAAAGGAGACGUGAUUCCGGUACCACUCGGAGCAGUCUCAUGGUGGUUCAACAAUGGCGGCUCAUCCAAUGACCUUGUUAUCGUUUUCUUGGGAGAAACUACAAAGGCUUACACUCCUGGUCUGUUUACUUACUUCUUCAUAGCAGGAACUCAAAGUCUUCUAGGAGGUUUCUCAACUGACUUCAUUAGCAAGUCAUUCAAUAUUACCAAAGAUGAAGCAGAUGAGGUCACCAAAAACCAGACAGGGGUUUUGCUAGUUAAGCUAGAACAGGGAAAGACCAUGCCUAAGCCCAACGCACUCAUCACCCAAAAACUUGUUCAUCAACUCACUGUUAGUGCCACUUUGACUGAGAAGGAGUUUCCUUUUCUUAACCAGGCUGGGUUAAGUGCCAACCUCAUAAAACUUGAAGCCUACGCAAUUUCCUCUCCCAUUUACACUACUGAUUCUUCGGUUCAAGUGAUCUAUGUCGUUGGAGGAGGUGGUCGGGUCCAAAUUGCGGGUCUUAAUGGUCAGAGUGCGUUGGAUGCGGAAGUAACUGCGGGUCACUUGAUCGUUGUGCCUAGGUUUUUCAUGGUAGCGAAACUUGCCGGGGAAAAGGGAAUGGAGUGUUUCUCUGUCAUUACAAGUUCCCGGGCUGUCCUGGAAGACUUAACUGGCAAGACAUCAGUAUUGAGGGCAUUAUCACCUGAGGUGCUACAAAUAUCCCUAAAUAUAAAUCCAGAGUUGCAGACAAUUCUCCAAUCAAAGAUUAACUAGAGAAAUAGUAGUGGAUCCUGCACUAUCGAAGUCUCUUAUUAAUCGCAUACCUACUUCCAUAUAUAGUCUCCAUUGCAAGACAUGUAAUAAAGUGGAUGAAUUAGAAUAAAACUCCUGUCUGCAGAGGAUUGGAGAUUAUUGUUUUCUUGUUCA